GGAAAUGCAAGAUGAAGACUAUAGACGUGUCGCUACUAUAUAAGACCAAAUGUUGGGUAUUCGGUGGAGUUUAAAUCAAAUAAUUCGGUGUAUCUGAAGCUUUCAAAGAAGCGAGCAUGAACAGCUACGUCCCAAUAACCGCCUUUGUACUGAUUGUAAUGGCGUGCCUGGACUUCGGCACAGUUGAGGGACAGAGUUAUCACUUCAGCAAUGGUUGGAACCCGGGCAAGAGAUCUUCAAUGUCAACUGAAACCUGCCACUUCAGAACAGAUGUUCAAACUCUAGUCUUCAAACUGAUUGAGGAUGAAGUUUUACGGAUGCUCUCAGACCCCGCCUGCUUCGGUGGAUUACCAUCGCUACGCAACCUGUUAAAGAAAGACAUUGGUUAUCCACCGAUAGAUGAGAGGAAGUAGAGAAGAGAGAAAUAUAAAAGCCGAAUAGUCUACAGGAACUCACCAUACAAAAACAUGAUCUCAAAAAUGUGGAAUAUAUUAUAACUAGUUCGUGAUAACAUAACCUUAACGCACGGUUAAUAGAGUAGUGUAUUAAUAUUACUUUAAAAUAAAUCAUAUACUAAUGAAAGGAUGUAUUCAAAUGCAUAAAGUAGAAUGUUAUAAAGAAAAAUUAAAUUCACCAACUUCAAUUGUUUUUUGUGUGUUU